UUUCCUCCUUAUUCGAAACGGUCGAUAAUCGUUCUCGUUUUUUUUUUUACACGCAAAUUAAAUAACUCGUGAUCGUGUUUUCAGUUUACGUACAUUAACACGCACACAUACAUAUACACAAACACACACACACACACACACACACAUACACACACAUACACACACACACACACAUACACACAUAUCCGCAUAAAAUUUAUUUCUAAUUAACAAAUUAAAUUUAAAGUUAUCGUUUAAAUAAAAUUGUGUAUUUUAACUGGGAGGAAAAAAACAAAAAAAAAUAACAAAAAAGUGUUAAAUAUUGGAAAAUACAGUGAAAGUGUCGCUUUUUUUCUUUCUUUCUUUCUUUCUUUUUUUAUAAAAAACUUCGACAUUUCUUCAAAAAGAUAUAACAGUGCAUUAGCAUACUAGAGAGGACCCAAACCAAGAAAAUAGAAAGGAUGCGAUUGAUCGUACAGAUUUAAGAGUGGAGCCGAAGCCGAAACCGAAAUCGAAGUCAAAGUCAAAGUCGAAGUCGAAGUCGAAGUCGAAGUCGAAGUCGAAGUCGAAGUCGAAGUCGAAGUCGAAGUCGAAGUCGAAUUGAUUGAUUAAUUAAUUGAUUGAUUAAUUGAUUGAUUAAUUAAUUGAUUGAUCGAUCGAUCGAUCGUAAAUCGAUUAAGAUGAACGGAAACGGAAAGAUGAACAAUAGCACUAAUAGCAGUAUUAACAAUAAUAAUUGGUGCCGCCAGCUGACAUUGAUUAUCACGAUUUUUUUAUUGCUAUCUGUUGCAGUAGCUGAAAAGCAAAAACGUCAAAUCUUUAGGGAACAAGUAUUGCCAGCUCUUGGUGGGAAAAUACCAGAGGAAGCUUUUAGAACUGAUCGUUUGGCGCUAAAUCGUUUGAACAAAGAAGGCAUUACAAUACCGGAUGGUAUUGUACUAGACGCGAGACAGGUUCAUAAACAUCCACAUACUUCCCAGCAUAUGCCUAAGAUCAUUAAAGUAUACUUAACGCCUGAUGGUAGAUACGUACCACCCGAAGGUCGGACUCAUUAUGAUCAUCCGAAAGCCGUCGACACAACUUACAUCAUUCGAACGCCUUUCGGAAGACCCGAGAAACCAAUGAAUAACUUUGGAAAUUACAAGCAUCAUAGAAUGCAUAACAAACAGCAACCUUAUCCUAAUUACAGGCAACAGCUUGUACCAUUGAUUCCACCUACCAAACCUGGUGUUUAUAAGCCAAUAGUGACGCCAUUGAUGUUACCAGCGAAUCCUAAUUUCUUUGAACGAACGUAUUUGCCUACCUUGGAUCUUGAAUACGAUUGGGAUACCGUUUAUCGACCUUUCAAUGAAUAUUACGUCGACAACAUACUGUUUAAUUCUCAUCAGAUUCUCACGGAUUAUCAAGGAUUUCUCGACGAAUUUCACGGAAGAUCGUUAAGACACGUUGUUGGCAAAUCCAACGAGAGAAACAAUUACGAUAAUGGCGCAGAUCGGCACAGAUACAAUUCGAACAAAAUUAUUCGAACGAAUGUUCGUUCUAAUGGUUAUCGCGAUAACAAGUAUAAUAAUAAUAUCACAUCAAAUAUUAGUUACACGAAUCUCACGAUAAUUCCAGAGACUGAAUUUUCUUGUCGUGGAAGGAAGGGUAUGUUUGCUGACGUAGAAACCAAGUGUCAAGUCUUUCAUAAUUGUUCUGGUUGGUCGAGAACGUCUUCUCUUUGUCCACCUGGUACGGCUUUCAGCAAGGAUAAAAAUCGAUGCGAAUGGUGGAACACCGUCCAAUGCAGAGAAUGAUGAGAUAACUAAAAAUAACAAGUGUAUUCGAAGUCGAUUGAUCAUCGGACUUUAAACGAUACAUGAACUUUAACCAUUGAGUAUUUUUCAUUCGACUAAAGAUUUUUUAUAACAUCUUUAGUUAUAUAAAAAAAAACAUCAGGAAAAUUUAACUUUUAACGAUCCUCAUUAAUUUAAAUAUUCAUAAAACAUUUCAAUGUGUUGGAUUAAUAAGAUACACGAUUAUUCAAAUGUAAGCACACGUAAUUGAUCCAAUCGCUAAUAUGAAAAAAACGGGGCCAGUCUCAAUAUGAAAAAAGAGCUCAGUUCUCAAUUAAAAAAUUUACAAGAUAAGAAUAAUGUGCAUGGUUUAGUUCAUAAUUACGACACAAUAUUGUAAGGCAUUUUAAAUGAAUACAGUGUCGGUUUCCAAGAACAAUACUGUGCUUAUGAUUAUGUAAGCAAGUCACAUGAUAACUACAAACGUGAUAUCCGUAGUAAAAAAUUAUUCAGCCAUAACGUCGUAAGAUACAGUGUAUGAAUUAAGAUCUGCGUAAAUCUAAGAAAUUUUGUACAAGUUAUUUUUUAUAGUAAAAUGUUAAUACACGGAUCAUCUGAAACUGAUUUAAUCUCACAUCACAAUAAACCUCAUAAACUCAUAAUUCUCAUCUUUUUAUAAAAAUUUGAGAUAUUA